CUCGCUCGCCAGCCAUUCCUGUAGAGGACUGCGGGUCGUUCGGACGUUUUGCCUGUCGCUGUAGGAGAGGUCCAGUCUCUCCGAGAAGGCGGUUGCGGCGGCAAAAUGAAGAUCUUUGUAGGCAAUGUCGACGGGGCGGAUACGACGCCGGAGGAGCUGGCAGCCCUCUUCGCGCCCUAUGGCACGGUCAUGAGCUGCGCCGUCAUGAAACAGUUUGCCUUCGUGCACAUGCGCGAGAACGCUGGCGCGGUGCGCGCCAUCGAGGCCCUGCAUGGCCACGAGCUGCGUCCAGGUCGCGCGCUCGUGGUGGAGAUGUCGCGCCCGAGGCCCCUGAACACUUGGAAGAUUUUCGUGGGCAAUGUAUCGGCUGCAUGCACAAGCCAGGAAUUGCGCAGCCUGUUCGAGCGCCGUGGACGCGUCAUCGAGUGUGACGUGGUAAAAGGUAAUUGGCGUUCCGAGUAACCAAUCAGGAAGAGGAUCUCCGGGAACGCCAGCCUUUUACUUUAUCGAACGACCAAUCCGGUGGGUAGGUUCACCCCUCUUUCUACCCAGAGUCACUGCUGUGGCCGCCGCCAUUUUAGCGUUUUGUCAGAGCCGUCUACGCUGCGAGGAGGAGGACCUGCAGAUUUCCAUGCGGCUGUGUGGAGAUGGUGAAGCUGUUCAUCGGAAAUCUGCCCCGGGAGGCCACAGAGCAGGAGAUCCGCUCACUCUUCGAGCAGUACGGGAAGGUGCUGGAAUGUGACAUCAUUAAGAACUAUGGCUUUGUGCACAUAGAGGACAAGACGGCCGCUGAGGAUGCCAUACGCAACCUGCACCACUACAAACUGCACGGAGUGAACAUCAAUGUGGAAGCCAGCAAGAAUAAGAGCAAAGCUUCAACCAAAUUACAUGUGGGCAACAUCAGUCCCACUUGUACCAACCAAGAGCUUCGGGCCAAGUUUGAGGAGUACGGCCCAGUCAUCGAAUGUGACAUCGUGAAAGAUUAUGCCUUUGUACACAUGGAGCGGGCAGAAGAUGCGGUGGAGGCCAUCAGGGGCCUUGACAACACAGAGUUUCAAGGCAAACGAAUGCACGUGCAGUUGUCCACCAGCCGGCUUAGGACUGCGCCCGGGAUGGGAGACCAGAGCGGCUGCUAUCGGUGCGGGAAAGAGGGGCACUGGUCCAAAGAGUGUCCGAUAGAUCGUUCGGGCCGCGUGGCAGACUUGACCGAGCAAUAUAAUGAGCAAUAUGGAGCAGUGCGUACGCCUUACACCAUGAGUUAUGGGGAUUCAUUGUAUUACAACAACGCGUACGGAGCGCUCGAUGCCUACUACAAGCGCUGCCGUGCUGCCCGGUCCUAUGAGGCAGUGGCAGCUGCAGCUGCCUCUGCAUAUAAUAACUAUGCAGAGCAGACUUUGUCCCAGCUGCCACAAGUCCAGAACACAGCCAUGGCCAGUCACCUCACCUCCACCUCUCUUGAUCCCUACAAUAGACAUCUGUUGCCGCCUACAGGAGCUGCUGCAGCAGCAGCUGCUGCUGCUGCUGCUUGUACUGCAGCUUCUACUCCAUAUUACGGGCGGGAUCGGAGCCCCCUGCGUCGCGCUACAGGCCCAGUCCCCACUGUUGGAGAGGGCUACGGUUACGGGCAUGACAGUGAGUUGUCCCAAGCUUCAGCAGCUGCUCGGAAUUCCCAGUACGACAUGGCCCGGUAUGAGCGGGAGCAGUAUGCGGAUCGGGCGCGGUACUCAGCCUUUUAAAGUUUGAGGUGGGAUGUGUGUGGGCUGAAAUUCCGAGCUGCGGUUGUGCAUGAGAAUACACCCUUCGUGGUACCCCAUCUCCGGGACGUUCUCGGCUCUGUGCAUUCAGUCCCUCAGGAACCAUGGACCUUAAUUUACCUUGUUAAGUUCUUUCUCUUUCCUAUUCUCUUUCCUGCUCAAUUUCCUGUUCUCCUGUUUAUUCUUCUGUAGCUUCCCAUUCGAGUUCUGUUCUCCCAGCAUGCCUCCUAUGCAGAAACUGGUGGGGGAUGUGCUGUUUCCUCCCUGCCUCCUGACUGCAGUGGGUAUUGGAUUUGGGAGUGACCUUGAUGAGAAUCACUGUUCCCAGUUUUCUUUUUUUGGCCCAAAGACUAGACUUAGAAAUUUGGAGCACUUUCCAGUGAAAUAAAUGGUUUUUCAAAUUAGGGUAUGUGUGCUUUGAGAAAGUUCUUGUUUGGGCUUAUUUCUGGGUUCUUUGUUUAUUUGUACUCUGAACAGAAGGUGGGGGAGUGUUUACAGUUUAAGCUACUUAGCUUUGGUUAACACUAUAGAGGUUUUUAAAUUUUGCUUUUGAAAAUAGUAGAUGACUUUAGGUGCUAAAUAAAAAAGGUUAUACAGAACUCAGAUAGGCAUCUUGUAUCAAUGAAGACAUUUCCUGCUGGUCUACUUUCGUUACAAAGUCAGUUAAGUAGUGGUGUAGAGCUGUAGAUCUUCAUUUGCUGGAGAAAUAAUUAUUGUGUAUACAUGCACCUGCUGUUAACACUCAGUAAACAUAUCUCCCUUGACUAUUUCCAGGAAAGAGGUGAAGGUUUGAGGAAGAAGAGGUAGCUUUCAUCUUUGGGAAAAAUGAAGGUAUGGCUCCUACCAGAGUAUAUUUAGCUACUCCAUAGGCUAGAACUACCUCAUGAUGCAUUUCACUGUUUGUAUAGUUCUGCCAAAAUCAAGAGACUACGUGAGUAGUUCCACUAGCAUCUCAUAGCUUGUACUUAAUGCCUUUAGAUGAGGUAUAAGGGGCCCAGCAGCUCUUUUAUAAGUUCUUGAUAAACUCAGUAAGUUCAUCAGCAGCAGUCAGGACAAGUUUUGAAUGCAGUAAGAAGCAACUGUCUUAGUGUCAUUUUCGUUAAAACAAUUUAUCUUCCGUGUUUUGACAUGGAAGACCAUGUCUCAGAAUCAUUUACUUGGCUACUACUGGAUACCCAUGUUAUGCCAGGCAUGCUUUUAGUAAAGGGGUCACAAAUGAUAAAAGGAAAUAAAGAUGAUAGGGAUAAAAGAGCUGCUUUUGUCUUUGGCAACUUCAAGGUUUUCUACUAACUGCUUCUGUCUAUCUCGUUGGUUCAUUCCAAUUUGUAGAUGGCUGGGAUUGUGACAGCUCUCUGUGGACAAAAGUCAUUUUUUUGUAGUGUGAGACCCUCUGCUAGGUGAUGCAUGUGUUCUUCAAUCUUUCCAGAAAAUGUUUUUCUAACCAAAUUUUUCCUUCCUGGCUGAGUUGGUUUUCUUUGCCACUGUCUCAGAAAGGUCAUACCUAUGUUGGUUCUUUUUUUCUUUAAUGGAUAGAUGUAAUUACUGUUGUGCACUUAACAGUUUUAGCCCAAUUUCUUGAUGUGAUGGUUGGUAAUGGCACAGUCUCAGAAAGAGACUUAAUAUUUGUUGAUUCAACAGGCUUGAGGAUACUUUGACAGAUGGUAACCCAGGUGCUGGGGAUUUUGGAGCUUUUGGGGGGAUAGGGUGAGAAGCAGAAAUAAAAGAUACACCAAACCA